ACGCCAUGAAAUGCAAUAUCAAGGCAGCUGCUCCAUCCAAAAACGCAGGAGUGCCAUGGCCAUGCCUCGUGCCAAGGCUACCGCUGCCGCCAACGGCGAGGUAUGGGUGGAGAAGGUCGACAGGAUCAGGUUCGUCUACAACGCCAUCACCAAGCCGUCGGUGUACGUGAAUCCAAGGGCGGCGACCAUGACGACGAGGCCGGUAGCCGAGUUCGCCAUCUCCAGGGAGAAGAUCGACGACUACAUCGCGAGGAAGAAGAAGCAGUUUGCUCAGGAAGCCUAGUCUGUCAACUUAUUCGAGCAUCCCUAGAUGCGUUGGCAUUUUAUUUUAUGUUUGCUAUGCUAAUGACCGAGAUGCGUUGGCAUGAGGCCAACGUAGUAAUAGUACAACUAUAGAUCAACCAGGUGCGUACGGAGGACAUGUAUAAAUAACACUAGGUUACUGCUAUAUACGAAUUGAACUAUGGGUACUUAGAAAUG